GCUCAAGUGCCAACAACGUACUGGCCUGUUUCUGUCAUUUCUGGACACAUGAACACUGGAAGAGCUAGAUCUGCCAUCGACCUGAGCAUACACUUGGUUCGACUCCGCUUCCGCUCUAAGACCCCGAGUCACCGAGUGGCCGUUACCGGCUGUAGGAUUUCCACUCGACAUGCUGCAAUGGUCUCACGCCCUUCUACGAUAACAAGUUAGCCACCGAUUCCGCGAAGACCUAUGUCCAGACUUGCAGUCGAAGUCAGCAGCGUACACAACUCAGUCGUGCAUAAGAAGUUUCCAUGAGCACGCAAGAACUUUCACAUCCGCACCAAUGGCCAGCCCGAACGCCCUCGAUUUCCUACUGAGCUCAAUAGAGAAGACAUGGCACGACGUUGGCGUCCGAGCAACCCCCCUUGCCCUUUUGACCACCUCGCUCGCUCUUCUCCUCCCUAUCAUAUCUCUCUAUCUCCUUGCUCUUUCCCAGCGCGAACAGCCUACCCCACCUCCUGCUGGCUGCCGUAAACUCAACAAAAGCGGCACCUCCAAUCUAUCCGACCAAUUCGCCAAAAAAUACGACCAUGGCGGCGAGCCUUCCGCAUCGAACGCCUGGAAAGUCAAAGCGUUGAUGGUCUACCCAUUGAAGAGCUGUGGAGGCGUGGAGCUCGAAAAAGCCGAAGUCGGACACACGGGCUUGAAGUAUGAUCGUCAGUUCACGUUUGCACAGCAAGUGACAUCGCUCCCUACUUUGGAAGGCAAAGUCAAAAGUGAAUGGACGUUCAUCACGCUGAGACAAUUCCCACGUCUCGCAAAGGUAGAGGUCGAGAUGUGGGUUCCAGAUCCCAAGGCACCCGGAUACCACAAGGACGGCGAAUGGGUGAAGAGCGACGGCUGCAUCGUGGCACGGUUUCCAUUCAGCCCUGAUACGGAAUUCAGCGUCGCUGGUAUUAAGAACUAUGGCAAGAUUCUGGCUGCCAAGUUAGGAGGCAGAUCGGAGCCCAUGGUAGAGUUCCGGAUACCUUUCGAUCCGAAGAAGGACAUAAUCGCAGCCAGGGGAUACCGGAAAGAGCCGGUGAAGAUCUUCGAUGAUGUACCUGUAGCGUUGAAUGUGGGCUGCGACCUAUCUGACGAGAUCGUGGACCAACUGAAGUAUACCCUCGGUGUGUCGAAUCCAUUGACCAUCUUCCGAAUCGAUCCGGAUAGUCCCAGGCUAGUCUUACAAAACGCGCCGAAGAAGGAAGACGUGGGUUUCCAGACAGCAAUUGGGAUGCAAGAUGCUCAUCCUGUCCAAAUCCAAAACCUCGCUUCCAUCCACGACGUCUCCUCGAGAGUGCCUUCUCGCUUCCGCCCCCUCAACGCUCUACGCUACCGCCCUAACAUCAUCUUCACUGGCCCACCUGCGUUCGAAGAAGACGAGUGGAAGAAAGCUCGCUUCGGCUCUCUCACACUGGACAUCUCCUGCCGCACCACUCGUUGCAAGCUUCCAAACGUCGACCCAUUGACCGGAAUUGCAGACCGAAACGAGCCAGGUACUACCAUGCGCAAGUACAGGGUUGUUGACAAGGGAAGCAAGGCGGCGUGCUUAGGCAUGCAGGUCACACCGCUGGACGAAGGUAUCCUUAUCGUGGGUGAUGAAAUCAAAGUACUGGCGACGGGUGAGCACUACUUUAUUGAGUAGUGUGUAAGAUCAGGAUCUCCGUUGUGGAUAACAUAUGAAAAUGGGUGUCUCGAUCCCCGGUCACGCAUGUAGUGAGACAGUCAUAGGAUAUCUUAUCUUUCCUCUAAAACUGCUCAGAGCUAUGGCGUAUAUCAAGAAAUCUGCUCGAAAGAAAUCCGCAGAUACCGCCAUAUACAACAAUGAUUCAAACCAC